AAGAGUGAGAGUUUGGGGCUUGGAAGUGGGAGAGUGAGACUUUGGCGGGGUCGCUGUUGUUUUUUGGUUCAGCUCUUUAAUAUUGUGAUAGAGUUGCCAUUGGCCUGGGGCUGGGCUCUUGUUGUGGGAGUUCACUUCUGUUGCCUGCCAUUUUGCUUCUAAUUAUGUAACAGACACGUUUAACUGAUUUAAAGGGCGGCGGCAUAUAGUUGUCAUGCCUCAAACAAAAAAAAAAUCUACUCUUUAGGUUCUCUACAGAAGUCGAAUGCACGGCUUCUCCGAUAGGUGUAGAUUUGUGUCCGAUUGUCCGGCCUUGUGCGCCCCCAGUAUGUAACUUGGAUGAUCUUAUAUAGGUUAAUUAAUUGUUUGAAAGGGCGGCGGCAUAUAGUCCUAACGC